AUGCAGGCGGGCGUCGACCCCGUCACCCUCCUGCGCGCGCCCAUUGAGCACGGCCUCAUGCCGGCAUGCGCCAAGUCCCUUCCAGUUCCGCCCCGUCUGCACCCAGGGCGCGUCGCCCGUUUCACCAUUCUCAGCCGUCCGCCACUCGCAUAG